GAUGAAUAUUAUUUCUAUGGGCAGAGCGCGAACACACCGCGGGUUGCGUGUGUGUUCAUUCUAUUAUGAAGCAUCUAAUACAGAGACAGGUUUUUAAACAGAAGAAAACCUGCACUUGUUAUUUUUUUAUUUCAAUCUAACACUCAUCGUAUUUUUGUUGCUUCUUUCUGGAGUCUGCCGUGGAGCGGUUGUCACACAGGCCGAGAAUCGGAUUCUGCUGCUGGGAGGAGACCACACAGACUCACCUCCCUCCCUGCUAGCUUUAUUAUUAGCUGGCUACGAUGCGUGUCUGCCCCUGCUGUAUUUUCUUCACAGCAGAACACUUUAUAACGAGGCAGGUCUCUGGCUAAUUGGUCGUGUAACCCUGCGGGACCUAAAGGGUGAUUUGGAAAUACGCAGCACCUUUCAAGGAUGGAUGUUGACUUGUGUGCCGGCGGGGACAGUACCAGGAAAAAAACAGAGUUACCUGGCGCCGCAGACGGCACAUUGGAUGUAGUACCUUUGGAGAUGUACGACUCUUCUAGAGCGAAAAUAGCUGCAAACCUGCGGUGGCUUUUUGCCAAAGCCUAUGGCAUUGACCAUAUUCCAGAAGAUCUAAGGGACCCCUUCUACACAGACCAGUAUGACCAGGAGCACAUCAAGCCACCUGUCAUUCGUCUGCUUCUGUCCUGUGAGCUUUACUGCCGUGUGUGUGCUCUCAUCCUGAAGACGGAGCAGGCUGCGUCCCUUCAAUCCCACCUGUCGGUCAUCCAGGCUCUGUCCAGAAAGGGCAUUUAUGUCAUGGAGAGUGAUGACAUGCCUGUCACAGACGGGGAUCUGGCCUGCAUUCCUAUCAAAAUGAGUGCACACAUUUCAAUGAUCGAUGCUCUUAUGGUGGCAUACACAGUUGAGAUGAUCAGCAUUGAGAAAGUCGUGGCUUCUGUCAAGCGCUUUUCUACCUUCAGUGCCUCUAAGGAGCUGCCCUUUGACCUUGAGGAUGCCAUGGUCUUCUGGAUCAACAAGGUGAACAUGAAAAUGAGAGAGAUGACGGAAAGGGAGCACAAAGUCAAGCAUCACCCCCUGGAGUCCCCCAGCCACCAGAAGUCUCCCUCCAAAUGGUAUUGGAAGCUAGUCCCUGUCCGGUAUCGUCGAGAGCAUGCAUCGGGUCGCCAGCUGCCCUUCUUCCCACUGCUGGAAGACCUCAUGAGGGACGUUUGUGACGGAGCUGCACUGCUCACCGUGGUCCAUUAUUAUUGCCCUGAUAUCAUGAAGCUGGAGGAUAUUUGCCUGAAGGAAGUACCUUCCAUUGCUGAUAGUCUGUACAACAUCCAGCUGCUGAGAGAAUUUGCCAGUGAAUAUCUGAAUAAAAGCUGCUAUCUGACAAUGGAGGACAUGCUUUACUCACCGCUGGUUCUCAAGCACAAUGUUAUGGUGUUCAUUGCUGAACUGUUCUGGUGGUUUGAGACUGUCAAGCCAGAGUUCGUCCAACCCAGAGACCUUCAAGAGUUUAAAGAUGCUCGAGCCAUAGCUCAUCCCAAGAGUGCCCGCCCAUCAGUGCCCAUCUCCAACGCCACCAAGCGCAGCUUUCUGACUAGUCCUGGCGUGGCAGAUAACCAGAGCAGCCCUGAAGUCUGUAACAGGUACUUCCUGCACCCUGAAGGCUCUGAUCCUCUUAAGGGGGGUCCAACUUUCAGUCCCUCUCAUCCACUGCUCCCUCUUAGGCAGAGACAACAAAAGCAGCAAGAUGACGACAGCGGAGGUGUGAGAAACCGUUCAAACUCCCUUACUCAGAUGGAUGGACAACAGCUCCGAGGCUCUGCUGUUGCGUGGCCUGACAAAAGGCAAAGACCACUGUCCACACUCAGCCCCUUCAUGCUGCAUUCAGGCACCGACAGUGACGCAGACAUAGCUUCUGGUGAUAGCGUGAGUCUGGCUCGCUCAAUUAGUAAAGACAGUCUGGCAUCCAACGUCAUCAACGUCACUCCGAAGCAUCAGACUGCUGUCCACCAGUCGUCGCUUGCUGCCAUGCGAAGAGUCAACGGCCACAACUUGCUGAGUAAUGUCAACAUGGAGGAAGAAACUUUGGCAGUAGCGAGGACCGAUGCUUCCGUUAUCCCAAAACGAGUCGAUGGGACACGUGUGUGUGCCGCAGUCGGACCUAAACCUUCCUCCGACUCCAAACCUGCUUCAGAUGGCUUUUACCUUGAACCACUCAUGCCUGCUGUUCUGAAAACGGCCAAAGAGAAGUCCGUAUGCCUGAACAAAGAGGAGGAGAGUGGUGAGGUAGCUCGAUCAGCAGGUAGGGGCUCUUUACGCCAUGGAGAUGGAUCUUCAGCCGCCGUUCGCAGAAAAGCUCCCUCUGAUCUCAAACAAACUUUCACCCUUCCGGGCGAGGAGGAAAACUUGUCUGAGGAGCCACAGCAGUCGGAUUUCAGACCAGUCAUCACAAGCAACGUAACCUAUUCCUCCAGAGAGCCAGCUGAAGGUUUCUACCUUCAUGUAGAUUCUGAGGAACCAAUGUGUGUUCAUGGCACAGAGGCUGAGCUAGAAGACCUGGACGAGGAGGAAGAAGAUUUGGAUGAAGCUCUGACCACUAAAGACUCAAACCAUCCAAGGAAAGCUUACAGUGAAGCAGAUGAAGAAGAAUCAGCUAAGCUCCAAGAGGACAUGAAUGUCAAAGAGCAUGAAGACAAGGACUUUAAUGGCGGUAGUGGCCGCUCUAGCCCCUGUCUCAGCACACACUCCCAAGCUAGCAGCAUGGCUAGCGGCAGCGUGCGCAUGACUUCCUUCGCUGAGCGGAAAGCCCAACAGCAGCGCUUUGGCAGCAACCACGAUCUACGCUCCAGUGCUUCCAGCUCCCAACGAACCACUCCAGAUGGAUCAGAGAGCAGCGGGCCCCUGUCGUCUUCUUGGAGACUGAAGAGAGAUCAGAGCCCCUCUUCCCCCUUAGGAGGAUGCACUCGUCCGGGUGACGGCGGUACAAACGUACUGGCCUCUGAAAUCGUUCAGCUCCGAAUGCAGCUGGAGGAGAAGCGGCGAGCCAUCGAGCACCAGAAGAAGAAGAUGGAAGUGCUGGCAGCGAGGCAGAGGCAGAAGCUGGGCAAAGCAGCAUUUUUGCACAUUGUUAAGAAAGGCGGAGGAAGGAGUGACACAUUACCCAGCUCACUUAAAGCAGACAUCUAUAAAGAAGAGCUCAAUGGGGAGAAAGGACCUUUAAGUAAAGAUGAUAUGUGUGUUGACACCCUAAGGGGGGAGAAAGAAGGGGAGGAGACCGGCCCGCCGGGUGCCUUAGAAGCAGACAAGAAGGGAAACGGUGGAAGCUUUUAUCUAGAUGAAGAACUGGACCUUAAUGAGUGCAGCCGCUCCAUCGAGCUGCUGAAUGACGCCAUCGGCAGCAUCCAGCAGCAGAUGAUGCAGCUAUCACUGCAGCAGGAGAUGCUGAUGAAACAGAAUGUACAAUCCCCACCUGGUGCAGCUCCAGCUCCUCAUGCAGGAGAUAAAAAUGGUGACUCUAAGACAGGAGGAGGCUUUCACUUUGUGGAGCACCUCUCUGGAACCAGCAGCGCUCCAACCAGGAAACCUCCCAAGCUGAGCUCAGGCCGGAGCUCCAGAUCCAAGCCCUCUGAGUUAAAGAUAGCUAAGGAGCAGAGCCGACAGGCAUCCAGGACCCUCACCCCCUCCCAAGGUGGGUCAGAGACACUACCAAACCCACGGCAGUUGGCAGGGGGCAGGUCCCCCAGAGCCGAACAGCCCGGCAGCCCCAGAAACCCCAUAGCUGCAGAGAUAAUGGACAGACCAGGAUCUGGGCACAUCAGAAGCGCCACCUUCCGCCUUCAUGAUGAAGCAAACAUGCGCCUGCCGACCCGCGUUGAUCUUAUGUCUGUUUCUGCUCCAGAACCAGAGUGCCUGUCCAGCACACAGAUAGAGCGCGAGCUCGGUUCUUCAGAGAAAGACUACGACCUAUUAGAAGAGUCGCAGCGAAGCAAAACCAACCUUAUCGAGGUGGAUCUGUCUGAACUGAAGGCCCCCGAGGAAGAGGAGGGUGCUGAGGACAAAACAGCAGAGGAUGAUGAUGGAGAGCAGAAGUCGGUCAUGGGCUUCUUCUUUAAGGAUGAGCAGAAGGCUGAGGAUGAACUUGCUAAGAAGAGGGCAGCAUUCCUGCUGAAACAACAGAAGAAAGCUGAGGAGGCUCGUAUUCGUAAACAACAACUAGAAGUAGAGUCGGAACUGAAACGAGAUGAAGCAAGGCGAAAGGCAGAGGAAGACCGCUUGCGUAAGGAGGAGGAGAAGACUCGACGGGAGCUGAUAAAGCAGGAGUAUCUGCGGAGGAAGCAGCAAGAGAUGUUAGAGGAGCAAGGCCUGGUGAAGCCCAAAACGCCCAAACCGAAGCAGAAACACAAACACAAGGGGGUUAUCAGAGAGGAAUCUUCCAGCGAUCAUUUCUCUAAGUGCCCUUCCACAUCUGACAACCUGAGUAACGCCCAGUCAGGCUCCAAUCUGUCUCUGGCCUCUGCAGCUACAAACGAAGCCGACAGCGUCAACUCUGGAGGCGCUGGCUCUCAGCGCUGUGACUCUGUGGAGUCGUUUCCAGGCAGUCGUAACAACAGCCGAGCUGCAGAGAGAGACUGGGACAACGGCUCCACCGCAUCUUCCAUCACUUCCAUGGCUGAAUACACAGGCCCUAAACUCUUCAAGGAGCCCAGUGCCAAGUCAAAUAAGCCAAUCAUUCAUAAUGCAAUCUCCCACUGCUGCCUGGCAGGCAAAGUCAACGAGCCCCAGAAGAACCAGAUCCUGGAGGAGCUGGAGAAGUGUGAAUCCAACCACCUGAUGAUCCUGUUUCGUGAUGGCGGCUGCCAGUUCCGGGCGCUCUACUCGUACUUCCCCGACACCGAGGAGAUCCACAAGCUGACAGGCACCGGACCUAAGAGCAUCAGCAAGAAGAUGAUCGAUAAGCUGUACAAGUACAGCUCGGAUCGCAAACAGUUUACCGUCAUCCCUGCCAAGACUGUGUCAGUUAGCGUGGACGCUCUGACUAUCCACAACCACCUGUGGCAGGCCAAGAGAAGUGCUGUGCCAAAGAAAACUGGGAAAUAGCAGACUGGUUUUAGAUCCAUUUUUAACGACAUCAUCUUAUCUCCAUCUGGCUUGUUUCUUAGCAGAACUGCAGUGAAGCUCACCCCCCAGCAUGGUCUGGAAAUCUACUUGUGAGACUUCACAUGUAGGCAACAUGUGGAGGUCUGGUGAAUCCUCUCCUCGUCCCUGUGAUAUCGGUGUGAUUGGUUCAGGUUCAUUUUAGUUAUUUUGAAGCAAGCAUGUGGCAUUGUUUCUCUAAUAUGUGGAGAACAUCCAUUUUUACAUGAAAUAUUUAUUGGUUCAGCACUGUCAUGGUUGACAGCUGGGCUGCAGCACUAAAACCCUUCCUUCUCCAUUGGAUAGAUUCAGGCAUGAAGGUGGAGAGAUGUUUGUUUUACCCGUUUAGGACCAUCGGACUCUCAACACAAACGAUCUGUUCCUGUGUUGAAUGUCGAAACCGUCGAAUCAGGCUGGCAUCGCCGACCUCUGCCUCAGCAGUGGUCUCCAGAAAUUUGCUGCUCAGAACUGUCUUCUUCUCUUCGUCAGGAGGAUGGAAUCCCCUCGGGUCUCCCUCAGACGUCCGUUUGCCUUUUUUCACGCAUUGUGGUACUAUCGUCUACUUAUUCCGCCGCUUUUUAAACUAGACUCUGAUCGUGUAGCACCGGGUGUGUGUGUGUGUGUCGCUAAAAACAAAGGGAAAAAAGAACAGCAAUGGUCAUUUUAAGUUCCUUUUAUUUGUUGGACGGUCCCUUUUUCUUCCCCCUUCAGGAUGUUAAGAAAAGGGGGAUUGACUGGCCUUGGUACAACAAUAAUGCUCCUUGUUUUUUGCUUCAUUUUAGCUUUUUCAAAAUCAUUUUUAUCAAAGGGAUUUGGUUCGUCUUUACGCAGAUGUUAUGUGUUUUCAUCAUAACGGGGAAUUCUCUGAUGUUUAGAGAUUAGUUGUUAUUUUUUUCUCUCCACCCGGCACCCUUAAAUUAUUCUGUACAAAGGUGCACUCAUGAAUACCUGUCGACGGCUUCUUUUCAUGCAAUGUAACCCCUCCUCUUCCUCCCCUCUGAGUAUUUAUGUGCCGUCUUUAUUCACACGAGCGGAGGACACUCUCGUUGUGAAGGGUGCUUCCCGCUCAGUUCGAGUGACAGUAUUUGAUAUCCUCACGCUGGGGAGGAGGGGUUGUGGCUCAGCUGUGUACCAACAUUAAAGAACAUUCCUCUAAGGUGUUGACAAGCACCGCCACAUCGUCUCUCUUUUUCACUGUCUUUGCGAAACUUCAAAGUGCUUCUUCUUAUUGUUAAAUAAACCAUUCGUUGGCCUCGAACAACCAGAAGUGUCGCACAAGCACUUUAUUUUCUGUUUGGUUGCAGAGUGUCUUUUUGAACGGGCAUGAAGACGACCAACUAAUUCGUAACACUGCUGUUUGUGUAAAAAAAUCAAACACUAGAGGGUUAAUACUGACGACCGCAGCUGAAGGGCCUCCACUGAAACGUUACUACUGCUGUCCCUCCAAAAGCAACUCCGUACUUGAUGAAUCGUUUGCUGCAUUUUGAUGUCUGUUUUUUUGGGGGGGGGGGGGGGGCUUAAUUGGUGGAAUGUGGUCUUUAAAUGUAUGAAAGUAUAUUUUUAUGUUAUAACUAAAUGAUUGUAUUGGCAUUUGAUCACCAUUUUUUGUUACACUAGUGUACUUUUCAUCCAUGUUUUAUUUUAUCCUUGAUCCCAUGUUAUCUAUUUAUUUUAAAAUGGAAGCACUGAAACAAUAAAUUUCCAAGUGAAUAAAAGUCA